UCCAAUAGAAAACAUUUCCAUUUACCAAAACAGAAAAAAAACUUUAAAAAUGUUCAAGUUUUCAGCUGUCAUUUUCGUCACAUUGUUGGCACUUUCUGCUGCUACCAAUGUUAAAAAAUGCAAAAAUGGUCAACCUUUUCCUUUAAGUGUUGAAGUGGAAGGAUGUUCACAACCACCUUGUGAUGUUAUCAAAGGCUCAACAGCUAUUAUGGAUGUACAUUUUGUGGGAACUAAGAACAACAUACGUUCUUUGACUGCCCAAGUCCGUGCUACCGCUUUGGGUAUUACCGUUCCAUAUGAAUUACCCGAGGAUGUAGCUGAUGUUUGUUCAAAUCUCUUAGAUGGCGCUACUUGUCCCAUUAGUGAGGAUGAAGAUGUUGUUUAUAAAUUUAAUUUCUAUGUUGACACUUACUAUCCUGAAAUUCCGGUCGCUGUUGAAGUUUCGUUGAAUGACGAAAAUGAUGAGUCUAUCGCUUGUUUCAUUUGUGAUAUUAAAGUCAAAAAGGGAUCUACUAAUUAAUCGAUCCUUAAAAAUUGAAUUGUUAUCUGGAUAAUUGUAACAUUUUUUAAUAAAAAGCUUUACUGUUGUUUAUAUAAAGGA